AUGUUCCUGGUUAACUCGUUCCUGAAGAGUGGAGGAGGCGGCGGGGGAGGCGAGGGCCUAGGGAAUGUGCUCGGAGGCCUGAUCAGCUGGGCCGGAGGCAGCAGCAGCAAUAGCGGCGGCGGCGGCGGCGGAACUACCAGGCGCAUCCUGGGCGGGGUCAUUAGCGCCAUUAGUAAGGCGGCUGCGCAGUACAACCCAGAGCCCCCGCCCCCUCGCACCCAUUACUCCAACAUCGGGGCCAAUGAGAGUGAGAAGGCCCGGCAGUUCCGGAGGCUUUUUGCCCAGCUGGCUGGAGAGGACAUGGAGGUCAGUGCCACAGAACUCAUGAACAUCCUCAACAAAGUCGUGACCCGACAUCCUGAUCUGAAGACUGAUGGUAUUGGCAUUGACACAUGUCGCAGCAUGGUGGCUGUUAUGGAUAGUGACACGACCGGCAAGCUGGGCUUCGAGGAAUUCAAGUACUUGUGGAACAACAUCAAAAAGUGGCAGGCCUGGCAGGGCACGGCGCAGGGCACGGCGUGGGCGGUGUCGACGCCCUGA